AUGGAGCAUCAUCAAGAUUCACAAACUUUAUUAGGGCUAGUGAGUGGUGAUGGUGGUGGCUUUUGGUGGUCCCUUUGUUUCAAUCCAAUAGCCCUUCGAAUUGGGAAUCUUGAUGAUGCUGCAGCGGCAAUAAAUGGCUUAUUUAUCUCUGUUCUCCAACUUCACCUUCUCCCAAAGAUAAAGGCCCUUCCUGAAAUGAGCCCAGGUUGUACAGCGGAAUUGGCCCAAUCUCGCUUUUGUUUGGGUCCAGACACAGUGGAACUUCGAGCUCAAAUGCAGCUUUGGGUUCUAAAAGGUGUGAGAAAUGGAAUCCAAGCAAAUGCAGCUAACCCCUUAACAUGGCAAGACUUAAGGGAGCUGCUCCUCUGUUGUGAUUCUGUUAUGCAAUCGAUGAACAAUGAUGCGUUACUGUAG